CUCUCUCUCUCUCUCUCCCUCCCUCCCUCCCUGCAUAUUCUUCGCAUCUCUUUUUUUUUUUUUUUAAUUUUAAUUUUCUUAUAAACUAUCUAAAGGAAUUCAAAUUCUUUGUAGAAUUGGACUCUCUCAGGACGAAAUUGUGUGAGUUAGAGAGAGAGAAAGUUCAAUUCUGGUGGCGGGAGAUUCGGAUCUGGUCGGAAUAUUUUCACCGGCGGCGAAGGUAGUUUUUGGAAAAUGCUCAAUUAAUAGCGAGUUCUUUGAUUUAGAUUUUCAGGUUUCUGAAGAGCGAGUGUGAGAGUGGAGAAUGAAAAACGGGAUGAUAGAAUGCAGUGUUUGCCACUCAAAAUUGGUUUCGCCAAGUGCAAAAACAGUUUCGAGAGCUUAUGAUCGACAUAAGAGUAGAGUCUCGUCGAAGCUCCGUGCCCUUAAUGUAUUUCUGGUUGUUGGUGAUUGCAUCCUAGUUGGUUUACAGCCUAUUUUGGUUUAUAUGUCCAAGGUGGAUGGAAAAUUCAAUUUUAGCCCAGUUAGUGUCAACUUCUUGACAGAGGCUGCAAAGGUUUUAUUUGCAAUUGUUAUGCUUUUACUCCAGGCAAGAAGCCAGAAAGUUGGAGAGAAGCCUCUUCUCUCCAUUUCUACAUUUGUACAGGCAGCCCGUAACAAUGUUCUUCUCGCUGUUCCAGCUUUUCUUUAUGCUAUCAAUAACUACCUAAAGUUCACCAUGCAGCUGUAUUUCAAUCCUGCAACAGUGAAAAUGCUAAGCAAUCUGAAGGUUUUGGUGAUUGCUGUUUUGCUGAAGAUAAUAAUGAGGCGCCGGUUUUCUAUACUUCAGUGGGAAGCUCUAGCUUUACUGCUCAUUGGGAUUAGUGUAAAUCAGCUGCGUUCUUUGCCUGAAGGUGCUACUGCUACGGGCAUUCCUCUUGCAACGAUUGCAUACGUGUAUACAUUGGUCUUUGUAACUGUUCCGUCUUUGGCUUCGGUCUACAAUGAGUAUGCGCUGAAGAGCCAAUAUGAGACGAGCAUAUAUCUUCAGAACUUAUUCCUGUACGGGUAUGGUGCUAUCUUCAAUUUCCUAGGAAUAUUGGCAACUGUAAUUGUCAAAGGUCCCAGUAGCUUUGAUAUCCUGCAAGGUCAUUCAAAAGCUACUAUGCUUCUAAUAUGCAACAAUGCUGCCCAAGGAAUAUUGUCCUCUUUUUUCUUCAAAUACGCAGAUACAAUCUUGAAGAAGUACUCCUCAACAGUCGCCACAAUCUUCACAGGCAUUGCAUCUGCAGCACUGUUUGGUCAUACUUUGACUAUGAAUUUUUUGUUGGGAAUUUCCAUUGUAUUCAUCUCGAUGCACCAGUUCUUUUCUUCCCUUUCAAAAGCCAAAGAUGAACAGCAGAAUGGGACGGUGGAACUGAUGGAUGUUCAGGAUGACCACAGGUCAAAAGAUUCAUUCAUAAAUAUGGCAGCUGGAGCAAAUGAAGAGACAAGUCAUCGUGUAGGGCAUGACGAGAGACAGCCCCUACUUCCCACCUAGAGAGUUUAGUCGAUUUUCUUACAUUAGAAAGGAAUUUUUCUUGGAAGGAAUUCUUUUGGCAGGACUUAUUGGACCAUGGAUAAGUCAGUUGUCAGAAUCACAAAUAAAAAUCCAUUUCGAAGAAAUUAGUUUACACAAUUAAGAUCCGUUUCGUGCUCCUUUGGUUCCUCCCUUGUUGGUACUACAAGCUUUCCUUCACACAGAUACAUGAGUCAUCUGGGUUUCCCUUCUAGUGGCUUAGAUAAAGAUUAGCAACAUUUGGUAACUGGAUACCUGGCUCAUGAUAUAUUGCCUGCCUUGUUCAGUCUACCAGUGUGCUAUUGAUAGUGUUACUUGUAUUCUUUAUCUUAGAACAGCUGAGUUUUUUUUUUUUUUUUCUUUCUUUUACCCCUUUUUGCAAAUUUCAAUUUUUACUAUCUCUUAUAUAGGAUUAGAGCACAGAUCAUGAUGUGAGGCCACAGUAAAAAGAAAAGUCAAAAAAAGAAAAAGAAUGUGAGAGAAAUGCUCCUUUAUCUUCAUAGUGAGAAUGAGAAUGCUAUUUAAAUGUAUUCAGCUUACAUUUAAUACAUCUGAUAAUUGAAUUCAAGGAAAAAUAUAGUGGUAUUCUUUCCAAGUAA